CUCGGGGCCCGGCUCCGCCAUCAGCCCGCGCGCGCGGCUCGCCAGGAGGCGGGACCUGAGCGCGGGCGGAGCUUCCCGUAACCCGGAGAAGGGAAGAGGCGGGGCUGCAACGUGACCCGGAAGCGGAAAUGCUGCUGUUCUGCCCGGCCUGCGGGAACGUGCUGGUGGCUGAGGAAGGCGCGAGAUGCCACCGCUUCGCCUGCACCACGUGUCCCUACGUGCGCAACGUCACGCGCAAGGUGAGCAGCCGGAAGUACCCGAAGCUGAAGGAGGUGGAUGACGUGCUGGGUGGUGCUGCAGCGUGGGAGAACGUGGACUCCACGGCAGAGCCGUGUCCCAAGUGUGAGCAUCCUCGUGCCUACUUCAUGCAGAUUCAGACCAGAUCAGCCGAUGAGCCCAUGACCACCUUCUAUAAGUGUUGUAAUGCCCAGUGCGGCCACAGGUGGAGGGACUAAUUUUUGCUUCAGAUUUAAGUUCUUCAGUAUCGUUUUUGCUCUUUGUUUGAAAAUUCCCCAGCUUGGUUGUAUGAAAGAUAGUAACAUGGACUAGUGCAUGAUAUUAAAUUAACACUGGCUGCUGCUAGUGCAGACAUUCCCCAUAAUCUGAUGGUCCAGGGGCUGAAGGUUAUACAUAUACUGCACAUUUUCCUGAUAGCAAACAUUGUUAGAACAAAGAAUUGCCUCUGUUUAGAGAUUAUAUGCUAAAAUCUAUUUAUUCAGCAGUUCCUACUGCAACGCUGCUCUUUUAUAGGGAUGCAUUAAGUUAUUGUUUAUUACUAACCACAGCUGUGAUCUAAGAUUGCAGGCCAAAAAAUGACAGGAAUGGUCAGUAUCUAGAUGAGAAACAGCCAAAUAAAAUGUUUACGUCGUACUAUUGCUUCAGUGAGUGAUGCUUCCCCUGGAUCAGUACUGAACUCACAGGACUUGGGGCCCUGUUGUACUAUGCUCUGUACAGAAAGCUGACAAAGCCUGUCCCCUUGCCCUAGAUUGCUUAUGAAUGA